AUGACUGACAAAAAAAAGUAUUUAGCUGAUUAUUCGUUUGAAUAUUCUGUUGAUGAUGACAAACGUUUAACUGGUUUGUUCUGGGCUGAUGGUUUAUGCAAGCUUAACUAUAUGGAAUUUGGGGAUGUGAUAUCCUUCGAUGCAACUUUCAAGACAAACAGGUACAAGAUGGUGUUUGUUCUGUUCACUGGCAUUGACAACCACUGUCGAAAUGUAACACUAGGAGCUGGGUUGUUGGCAUCGGAGAGCAUUGAAUCAUAUAAAUGGCUUCUGAAUUCAUUCUUAAAGUCAUUUGGUCAGCAGCCAAAGGUUGUAGUGACGGAUCAAGACCCUGCUAUGAAACAGGCUAUUGAGGAGGUUGGACACGAGUUGUGCAAUAACGAUGAGUUUAAAAGGAGGAUGUGCGACAUUGUAUGGACUGAUUCGAUUGAGCCCGAAGAAUUCGAGAGACAGUGGAAAUUGGUGAUGAUUGAGUUCGGUCUCAUAGAAAACAAAUUCUUUGAAGAUAUGUUUGUGAUGAGAUCCAUUUGGAUUCCGGCUUUUUACCGACACGAGCCAAUGUCGGGACUUAUGAGAACAACUUCAAGAUCAGAGAGUGAGAACCAUUUUUUCUGCCAGGUGGCUAAUUCACAACUCACUCUCAUAGAGUUUAUGAAUCAUUUCAAUGGUGCAAUGGAUCAAAUAGAGAUUUAUGGUACAAUUUCUGAAUGUCUGCCGAUGGACACCAGAAUAGAGGGUCCACAGAUCAGGAUAAUGUUGAAGGACUUUAAAGCCCAUGGAGAUGGUUUAUUGGAGGUGUGGUUCAAGAAUCUGGAAGAUGAUGUAACUGCACAGUGUAGCUGUUUGCGUUUUGAGCAGUAG